AUGCCGCUCUCAGUCCCAACAACUUUCUUUCCUUCAACGCUCGAAAUCAUGGAUCGCGGCCUCUCAACAGGCGCCCAUCAUUCUGAUGAUGGGCUUCGGGAAAGAAAUGUGGCCGCUCAAUCUGACCUAAAUGUCAAUACCGAGAAAUCAGCUGUCUCAGAUGACAAUGGCAAGGACAAGGCUGGCAAGACCUUUGGUCGUACUCCGGAUGGCACGGUGUUCACUGUACCUCAAACCCAUGAUAUGGUCUCCCAGCUCUUGUCACCCUCCGAACCAAAGAACCUCUCUGAUCUCAUUGUAUUGACGAUAAUUGCUGCUCACAUUAUUCUGCUAUGGCAGCUUCCUUCAGGGGCCAAGAUCCCCGUCUUUGCGGUCAUCUACCUCUUCUGGCGCUCAUGUUACAAUGCUGGGAUUGGAUGGUUACUCCACAACCAGUCUCAUCACAAGACCCUCGUUCGUUGGGCUGAAAAAUCUCAGAUAUUCGUGAACCCUGCCACUGGCAAAAACCCCUAUUCUCAGCUAUACUACCUGAUCAAACGUGAACUGGAAACCAAAAUCCCCAAUGACUAUUCCUUCGAGGAAGCGCCGCUUGAGUAUAACACUUGGCUUGUCUUUAGACGCCUUGUGGAUCUGAUCUUGAUGUGCGAUUUCGCCUCUUACUGCCUCUUUGCGAUAGCCUGUAGUCACCACCCUGCUAACGAGAGCGUGCUGAUGACUAUCCUGCGAUGGGCUUCUGGCAUCGCGUUGUUCAUGUUCAACCUCUGGGUCAAACUAGAUGCACACCGAGUGGUCAAGGACUACGCGUGGUACUGGGGUGACUUCUUUUAUCUCGUUGACCAAGAGUUGACGUUUGAUGGGGUCUUUGAGAUGGCACCACAUCCCAUGUAUUCGGUCGGAUAUGCCGGCUAUUACGGUAUUUCGCUAAUGGCAGCGAGCUAUAAAGUGCUGUUCAUCUCUAUUAUCGCCCAUGCAGCUCAAUUCGCAUUCCUCGUGCUGGUCGAGAACCCACAUAUUGACAAAACGUACAACCCACCCCCACCGCGAAAACGUACUAUCAACGAACAGGACGCAGAGUCUACCCGAUCGCAGUCUCCGGAAUAUCCAAAUGCGCCAUCCCAGUCUGAAGAAAAUGUACCCUAUGCGCCAAAGUUUAGCAGCCCACCUCCAGCUGUCCACAACCUCCUAGGGCUCCACAAUCUAGAUCUGCAUAGAAUCACGGAUACUUCUUCCAUACUCGUCCAGUUCCUCAUGUUCUCUCUGACUGCUCUGACACCUUCGACACCCUGGUACCAGCUCCUAUUCGUGGUCAAUGCCGCUGUAUGGAGGCUCUGGUACUCAGUGGGCAUCGGGUAUCUUCUCAACAGACAGUCAAAUUGUAAAUCGUGGACCCGACACUUUGUCAAAUAUGGCGAAACUCCCCACGAGGCAUGGAAUCAAUGGAAGGGCACAUAUCACCUAAGCAUGGUUAUGUGUUACGCGAGCUUCAUUGCUGCUGUAUGGAAGAUGUACACACUCCCGUCUGACUGGGGCUACGGUCUUGCCAUCCUCCGCCACGUGCUGGGUGCGGGCCUGAUCUCCCUGCAGAUUUGGACCUCUGUGAGCGUCUACGAAUCACUUGGUGAAUUUGGCUGGUUCUACGGGGAUUUCUUCUUUGAUGAGUCGCCUAAAUUGACCUACAAUGGCAUCUAUCGCUUCUUGAACAAUCCUGAGCGCGUCCUGGGUCUUGCAGGUGUGUGGGGAGCAGUUCUCAUCACUACCAGUGGCACGGUCGCAUUUCUCGCCUUCCUAAGCCAUAUCCUAGGCGUGGGCUUCAUUCAAUUUGUGGAAAGACCUCACAUGCAGAAGCUGUAUGGCCGGAGCUUGCGUCAAGAUGCAGGUCUUGUUAAGAGCCUGAAGCGGUCUCUGCCGCCGCCUUUAAAGCAACUGCAUGGAAGCGUGGACAAGAUGUUCGACGAGUCAUAUGAGUUUAUUGAAGAUAUCAUCGAUACAGCGCGACCAAAACUGGCUGCCGGUGUAAGCUCAUUUGUUCGGGACACAACGGCACUUUUCCAAACUUAUCCUGCCCGUGUUACCAUUGCACGCAUCGACGCCGAUCUAGCCGGCUAUGAUCUGCGAGACUACUCUCUUUCGGUUGAAGCAAACUUUUUACCUCUUGAUGAAGGCGAUCUCAGCAAGGAGGGGGAUAACGCACAAACCCCUCCUGAUCGGCGCGGUGACUUGGAGAACCUGGUCCUCCCAUACGGCGCAACAGUAAAGGUUAAGUGGACUGCACCCCUCAAUCAUAGCAAAAAGGACUGGAUCGCUCUCUACAAGGUCACCGAUAACACGUCCCGUGAGGUUUCCCGCGUAUCCUCCCAAGGAAGAUGGGUUGCGGUCAACGAAGGCUCCUACGACAAUCUCACCUGCGAGCAAGGCAUCGUUACCAGCGAUGUAGUUGUUUCAACCUCCCAAGGCUCGAAUGGGGAAAAGCAUGACAUCGCAACUGGUGAGGUCACCUUCUCCGGAGAUAAGCUCUUCUGGACUCAAGGCGUCUUUGAAUUCCGCUACCACCAUAAUGGCAAGCACAACGUCAUGGCUCUCUCUAGACCAUUCGAGAUCCGCAUCCCCCGAUUCGAAGAGGAAGACCACUUCGAUAUGUCCCAAACAGCAGUCGAAAGGAGCAUCUUGCCCGUCAUCCAAAACUGUUUCGACCAGAACCCGGAUGUUGCACCUGAAACUGUGGAAGAGCAAUAUGGCAGCCUAGUUGAUCGGGAUGGUAAAUUCGCUAAGAGAGUGGUCUUCGCGGUUCACCAAAUGUUCGGCGUGGAAUUUGCCCCUGAAGUUGUCCGCUCGGAUGGAAACGUUCGCAACCUCGCCUGGAGAAUCUGUAACGCAAAGAGGGUCCUGCGUUCCGCAUCAUUAACCUCGCCCGCCCCCGAUACAUAG